GCAACAAUGAAUAGGCUCUUAUUAGCUGUUGCUGUCUUAGCCACCUUGCAAGUGCCAGCUACGUCUGAGUUUGACUUCUACAAGCUCAGUCUCAUGUGGCCACCAUCUGUUUGUAACGUCGGAAAGGAGUGUAUUCCAGACAUCCCCAAAAUGUUCACCAUCCAUGGUUUAUGGCCACAAUAUGGUGAUGACAGACCGGUGCCUCCCUACAACAAGGAUCCUUCAUGCGCCGAUAUCACUCCCAUGAGUUCAGCAGAUGCUAUGAGUCAAUUGCGGUUCAUCGAAGGAGAAUUAACGAAAUAUUGGCCAAACCUUUUUACCAUAGAUGGUAAACGCGAUGAUCAGUUUUUUUGGAGACAUGAAUGGGAAAGUCAUGGAAUGUGUUCGAAUUAUCCUCAUGAUCCUUUUGGUUAUUUUUACAAGGCCUUUUCACUCACGACUCAGUACAAUCCAUUAGAAGUUAUGGGAAUUCAACCUGGAGAUGAACUACAUAAAGUGGGAACCAUAUUAGAAACUGUAAGGCAAAAUUUGGGAGCAUAUCCUCAAAUUGCAUGUAACACUCUGCCUGGCACUGCGGACCGGUGGAAGAUCCGUCAGCUGUGGGAGAUCCGUUUUUGUUUUAACAGGGCAGAGCUACUUUCUGUCCUUCGAGACUGCCCCAACAAAUUGGCUGGUACCUGUUCGGAGGAGACUGACCUUAUAAGGUUCCCUCCAAAUCCUUUUUACUAGUUAGGCGGUGUUGCGAAUUCAGUAAAAAUAAAUAAGCAACUCAGGCUUACUUUAAUGGUUGCUACUCGUCAAUAGGAGGAUUAGAGUCUAAGGUUCGCAUCCCAGACUCACUUCUCGAGCUAUGUAAUGCUAUGAAAGAAUUUAGUAAAACUUUGCCACACCUUUAAAACUAUAUUCCUGGCUUUACAACAGGUGCUUGGAAUUGUGAAUCAAUCUACCUGUA